CGUCUCUGGUAGAUUGGAGAUUCAAAGCUUUCUACUUUUACAAUAGCAGUGGAGGUCGAAUAGUUGACACAAAACUUAAAGUCGCAGUGAUGCCUGAUGUGCUGCGACUCGGACACAAUAUUGGAGGAAUGCGCUUUGCUCGCUCGCAGUGGGUGGAGUUAGAAAGUGAACGAGUGCUGCCUACCAAACAGAGAGAGGAGAAGGAGAAGAGAGAGAAAAAGGAAAGAGACGGGUGGGCAGGCUGCUCACCGUAAACGAUGGUUGUCUGAUAGAGUCUUGAAGACCUAAUGAAAUUGGCUGGUUGAAUUGUUUGCAGCGAUUAUAGAGCUCAGUGGCUCGGAGUGCUCCUCAUCUCUCGAAUCCUUGGAUGGAAAAAACUGCAGCAGCACGCAGAUACACUGUUUAAAAAAGAAGAUUAAGAAGACUUGCUAAAACCUAUAUAUUAUCUUCCUAGCGUUUUUUGUACUCUUCAUUUUCCUCCCAGUAAGCCUUUUCACACCAGCAGCAACUCUUUCGCAGCGGACAGGACCGUUUCAUGCCGGGAGCAAGACCAACCUCCCACUUGGACCCGAUACCGGCCUCCCGCACUCUUCUGACCGGCUCAGAAGCAGCAGUUCCCGGCUUUUGCUGGGAUGUUUGAGUCGCGUUGUUUGGUGGGGUGAAGGGACCGAGAGAGUGGCCGGAGAGACCAAAGGGACGGAGGCCGAGAGAGGAGCCGAGAGCAUGGCUCUGGUAGUGCUGUCUCUCUGGGUGCUAACGAGUCUCACCUGGGCGGACAUGGUCCCGGUGUCAGCCAACAGGCAUUCCGUUUACUGGAACAGCUCCAACAUACAUCUGCGCAGGGAGGGCUACACAAUGCAGGUGAACGUCAACGACUACCUGGACAUCUACUGCCCUCAUUACAACGACAGCCAGCGCAUGGUAGGCACCGGCGAGCAGUACAUCCUCUACAUGGUCAGUUAUCGCGGUUACAGGAACUGCGAUCCCCAGCUGGGCUUCAAAAGGUGGGAGUGUAACCGGCCCCACGCCCCCCACGCGCCCAUCAAGUUCUCUGAGAAGUUCCAGCGCUACAGCGCCUUCUCACUGGGCUACGAGUUCCACGUUGGACAGGAGUACUACUACAUCUCCACGCCCACCCACCAUCACGGCCGCAGCUGUCUCAGACUACGAGUCUACGUCUGCUGCUCCACGGCCUCUGACGUGGAUGAUGAGCCAGAGCCUACAGAACCAGACUACACACUUAGACCAGGCCUAAAAAUUGACGAUAUUGAUGAGUUUAACCCUUUUGUUCCCAAGCUGGAGAAGAGCGUCAGCGGAAGCAGCCCAACCAGGGAUCGCCUUCUCCUCACCGUGACGAUGCUCCUUCUGGCCGCUCUCUUCAUCUCCUAGCAACGGCCAUCCCCUCAGUGUCACCAUGCCAACUAGCCUUGGGAGGGCAUACAGUAUCAGUGGGUGGGAGAGUUGAGGGGGUGGGCGUUGGGGGAGGGAGGGGGGGGCUUCUGGUACUCGGUGACAGACUGAACCGCAUAUUACAUUAAAGUCAGCCUGUGCAUACAGUUGCAGAUGUGUUAGAGUGUGUGUGUGUGUGUGUGUGUGUGUGUGUGUGUGUGUGUGUGUGUGUGUGUGUCUGUACAAGCCACAUGUUGAAUCAUGCACACCAUGCUAAGCAUUUAUACACUAGGGGAGGCAGGACUGAAAUCCAUGUAAAAAGAAGAACAAAGCAUCAAAUCUGCCCACCCUUUUGAAAACCAUUUAAAGACUUUACCCUGGAUCUGAUUGGCCGAAACACUUCUUUAGUGCUAGUCGCCAUAGUUUCUUGCAACAAGAAUUAAACUGAAGUCAGAUGAACUGAAUCAGAUAGAACUGAAAUUGCCUUUUGUUGUUGUUGUCGUUGUCCACGGAGGGAAAAAAAGGAACCUUCUAACGAACUGCGCAGGUCCUAUGUAGGAUACUAGUCAAAGUAGCUGAUAGUUCAUGAAAGCACCCUGGGACUCCAGACACCAGUGUUUUAGUUGUCAUCUCCACUCUGUCUGCUGUGUCACCCUGUGUUCACCAUAUGUCUCCAGCAAGUCUCUACAGGACUGGACGGGUCACGGGGAAAUAUUGAGCAUUUAAACAAUGAAUCAUUCACUUAAAAAACAUUAGGGGGAUUUACUGUAGAUGUGCUAUUGACACUGAAACUGCAAGGGUUUGUUGAUGUUAUAAGUUGCUGUGUUACUUUUGUGUCCUGUCUUUGAAGUACUCGGUUAGUCCUCUGUCAUCUCUGAGGUUAAAGAAGCACACGAUGGCUACGGACUGGAGCAGCCAUUAAUCCACUCAGCAAUACCGCCCUCCUCUCAACCCACAGCAGCUGUUUGGAGGAGAGCAAGAGGAGGAGGGACGCCGGAGGAAGGGCAGUCACUGACACAAGCAUCUAUGAACAGAUCCAGUCCCGGACAAUAAGGACUUCUCCACUGAUCAGUGUUGGUGUAGCAGCCCGCUCUACCAAACUCAUCUCUGUAAACCCAUUCAUCAGAUGCUACAUGUAAAGGUUUUUUUUUUUUUUUUUGAGCGUGCUUGAAAGAGAAAACAUGAGUGUGCCACGUGUGUGUGUGUGUGUGUGUGUGUGUGUGUGGGGGGGGGGGGGGGGGGGGGGUUGAGAGUGUGAGAGACUAUUUUAAAUGGUACUAACAGCCUGAAAAUACAUCCACAUACUGUACAUCUUAAGUAUAAAAAUGCAAAAUAAAAAAAUAAUAAAACACAAACUAAAGCAACAAGUAAUACAUACAAACCAAGUGCUUUGAUGGGGAGGUACGCCAAUUCAAAACUCAAACUGUACCAGUUGGUUGCUUCAGAAUAGCGUUUCCAUAGCAACUAGCACCUUAUUCACCAUGGUUACCCCACCUUGCCAAUGAUGGACUCUAGUAGGGCAUGGUUUACCAUAGUAGCUGAUAACAAUGAUGAAGGUGAAGAUUAUAAUGAUGAUGAUAGUAUGAGGUCUGCGAGCUGACUGUUGGCCGACCAGGUCAACCAGCAGCUCACCCACCGGCAUGUUCAAGUACAAAUGUGUAAAUGUCACAACAGACAAAGAAUGGAAUAACAAUUUCUUGAAAUUUGCCAAGGUGAAAUGUGAUGUAAGCAUUUUUACAAACUUGAAGCUUAGUUUUCUUGUGGUUGUUUUUUUACAAUGUUUUUAUUAUUAUGUUUUUGAGUUUGCCGUGGUGUAUUUCUUGGUUUAUCUUAAGGGGGAAGACGGGUUAAAAGUUGGAGAAUUGGGUGGGUUGAGCCAUAUGUAAACUUGGGCUGCCCCGUGUGAGUCUUUUAGCCAACAUUAAGGUUUUCUUCUGGAGUAUUAUUUCCAGAAAGAUCAAUAUUGACAAAUCAGAUAUAGCUGUAGUUCCCUUUUGUCUUAUGACCCAUUUAAAGGGCACUGCUCCAGUUAUACACAUUAGGAUGGUACUAGAAUUUACGAAGAAUACUUUUUAAACGGUUGUAAAAUGUCUCCUGUUGUUUUGAAGGGAGCUUUUUAAAAUCUUAGAAAUUAACUAUUGUGAUUUCACUAUGGUUAGUUUGGAUUGGAUUUUGAAUUAUCAAGAAAAACUGGAAAGGUUAGAAAAAAAUCUGAAAUCCUAAAACAGAUUCUCUGUAAUAGAAUUUCUUUAUUCUGAUUAACCAUCUCAUGGCGUGUCAGAUUUGUGUUGCAAACCACCAGGUUGGUUACCAAUGAUAUAUUCGAUUUGAUCCUUAAUAAGUUUUUUUGUUUUUACAUCAUUGUUCUUGUGGUCUUGGAGUUAUGUGGUGUUUUUCCAAAGAUGUGUGUCAGUUAUUGUUAGCUAUUGUUUCCUCAACAAAUCUGUAGACAGCCCUCAAGUAAUCAGCAAUGAUGACACAUUUUGCCAACAUUACAUAGAAAUGCAAUCGCUCUUGUCACCCAGAGAUUACCUACGUAGUUUUGGAUCAUUGUACAAUACACAAUGAUUCAGUGUAUGAACCAACUCAAGUGUACAUAUGGCUCUUGGUGUGUGGGGGUGGGGUUGGGGGCGGGGGGGAGGUAGAAAGGAUUUUGGAUCCUGGUAUGGAAUGGGAGGGUUGAAGAAGUCUGCAAGAGGGUAAAUCUCUCUUCAAGAAGUUGCACUUAAGAAUUAAGACACGAGUUUAAGCGUUGGUUUGCCCGUCUGUCUGUGUGUGUGUGUGUGUGUGUGUGUGCGUGUGUGUCAGGCAGAGUAAGAAUCAGAGCUCAUUACUGUUCUUCAUGUCUGUAUGCAGGAGCUUUAGCGUGAGAUGCUAUGUGUGUGUGCGUGAGUGUGUGAGCAAUAGUCUUUUUGUUUCUGCUCUUACCAUGUGUGAAUGAGCGAGAGGGUGUGACCGAUUGUUGUCUGGCAAAAGAAAAAAAGCAUUUAAUAGUGUUGGAAACAACAGUUACAAUCAUGUUUACCUUCGACUGGAAUGACUUUAAAUGAACUUGAAAAAUAAACUGUAAACUGAACAAACCAUAACAGAGGUUAUAACAAUGAUCAUGAUAACUAAAUAAUAAUCUUACAAAUCUUACUUUUAACAA